AUGUGUAACUCGAAAUCGGUAGUAGCUAUACAAAAUGACAUAUCGGACCCGUUCGAAAUACGCUCAGGAGUCAGGCAAGGAGAUGCCCUAUCUACUGUUGUCUUCAACCUUACGCUGGAGGCAGCCAUCCGAAACGUAGGAGUAAAAGGGCUUUUAGACUAUAACACCAGUCAGCUAGCCGCCUAUGCGGAUGAUAUCGUUAUCACAAGCAGGUCUCAAAGCAGCAUGAUCAGACACACCACAACUCUCCAGAUGGAAGCGGCAAAGUAUGGAUUGAUGGUUAACGCAAGCAAAACGAAGUACCUUCAUAGCACGCGCAACCCUCGUCCACUACAGGAUGUCACCAUUGGAGAUGAUACAAUUGAAGGAGUCAGCAGCUUUAAGUACCUGGGGUCGAUACUGUCCAGCCGGAAUAGGGUUGGAGAUGAGGUGAAUGCCAGAAUCAUGGCUGGCAGUAGAUGCUUUUACUCUCUCAGCAAACUUUUCCGAUCAAAAUAUCUUAGUGCAAAUUCCAAGCUGUCUAUCUAUAAGACCAUAAUACGCCCCGUCACCACCUAUGGGUGUGAAGCAUGGUCACUAACAGCUUUGGAAACCCAAAAGCUCGCCGUGUUUGAGAGGAAAGUUCUGCGCAAAGUGUUUGGGCCAGUGAAAGACGCAGACGGUGACUACCGUAUACGCAUGAAUCACGAGCUGGAGGCACUCAUGAACCGAGAAACAAUCGUCCGAUUCAUCAAGUCACAGCGUCUGAGAUGGGCUGGGCACGUAGAGAGGAUGGGCAAAAACAGGGCACCCAAGAUUAUGACCGACUGGAAGCCGCAGCAAAGGAGACCUAGAGGAAGGCCGAGAAAGAGAUGGUGCGACUGCAUCGAAGAUGAUCUCAAGGCUCUGAAAUGUUUUACGAACUGGAGAAGGACAGCCAAGGAUCGUCGCGCAUGGCAGUCUAUUGUGGAAGAGGCCAAGACCCACAAAGGGUUGUAG